AUAAAGCUGUUUGAUAACCUUCCAGAAUCGAUAUUAUCCCACGAAGAGCUCCAUUGUCCAGCGCGGUAAUGACUAGUGAAGGUGGGGGCGCACAGGAGCCCAACAAAGAGCCCGCGACAAAUGGAACGCCUAGUCCUAGUAAGCGCAAUGUGAGCAAGGCCAAGAGGCUCUUGCCGAUGGAGCUGCGGAAACGCCGUCGAGCCGCGAAGUUGCAAGUUUCGGCUGAAAAGAAGGCGCGGGUGGCGUCGGGAGCGGCCUCUUUACCUCAAUCACCGUCAGCAUCUGCCAGAUCUCCUGGCAAAACAGAGACAACCGACGAGCCUAAAGAGGAAGAAAGAUCGAACGAAGUUUCUCGCAAGGCUACUUCAGAUGAGGGUUCGCCGGCAAAAGAAAUGAUGAAGGCAUCUCAAUCAGAGUCGACUCCCCAAAACUCACCUCAAGAGAAGACGCCAACCGCUACUGCGUCAACACGCUUGCAUUCGCUUUAUAACUCGUCACUGCUGAAUCAACGUGCACACAACCGGCGGCUUGUUCCAGGUGCAAACGUCCCGAACACCUUCCAGGUUGCAGAGUUGCCACUGGACAUUGUGCCCAAGACAAAACUGUCAAUUCUUACUGCGUUCCCGUAUCCUUUUCAGCGCGUUACUUCAAAAAUCAAGCAACAAGCACUGCAGAACUUCAUAUCUGGUGGUGAUAAUAUUGCGCAGCAAUCAGCUUCUCAAAGCACAGCAGUGCGAUGGCAGCAAGCGUUGCAUUACUUCGUACACCCUGCAGACCCAGUGCCAGCAUCCGUUCUGAUCAACCGAGCGGCUGCAGCUACAAGUGAGCCAUUACUGGGAGGCCCCAAAGGUGAACACAUGCGAGAUGAAAAAGCAUUUUUCACAGCACGCUGGAAUACGUGGCAGCAGUCAUUUCGCGACGUCUACAUGAAUUUCCGCCGGCAGUCUAGCAGCGUUGGUGGCACACGGGAUGGCUCAUUCUACCUUCACUCAAGCGAGUUUGUAGUUUACUUUCUCCAUGACAUCGACAACCAAGAUGCAACAGGGAACGAUUCGUCAAUUAUCAACCUAUGUCGACAGCAUGACGAAGGAACAAAAUCUUCUGAAAGUCCAACUAAAAAAGCCCGUAAACGUACGAAGAACUGUCAUCUCCGGGCUGUGAUGUCGCAGUCAAGUGCAAGAAUCCGCAAGGUACUACACCACCUCAAUGUGGAAUACACGAUGCCGUACAUUAAAGCAAAUCAAACGCAGCGCGAGGCUGGCGAGUUCCACUUGCUCAAAGAAGAACUCGAGGCAACCAGCAAAAGAAACACGGAGCAGAACGGUGACACGAUCAUGACUCGCACUACCGUUGCUCCAGAUAAUAUGCACGGAGCCGACUCAUUGCUUCUCUUCCACGGCCACGACGCUGUCCACGGACUGUACGAGUUCCUCAUCAAUCGUGCGCCCAUGUCGAAUCAAGACGUGCCAGUGUUGUAUGCGUUGUAUCCGUUCGCGAGCGCUUCCAUUAAAAGUUUGCAGGUCACAUCGUUUGGUCGAGUCGGUGCUCCAGUGAUCGAAUCAGUAUCUGAAGACCAGUCUUCGAGAUCUGCAACACUCUUUCGGAUCGAGAUCUUUGGAUUCUGCUUCCCAUCCAGUAUCGCAAGAUUACUUGCUGUGCUCAAAGAUGAGUGGGAAGCAACCCAUUCAUCUUACGACCUGUUGGAACCCACGACUGGAGGGAAGAAUGCUCAAAUUGUACUGCGAACGUAUAUGGAGGCGUUGGCGGGCGCUGAACGUCUGAAUGCCGUGAAAUUGGACGAGCAAGCUGCAAGAGGAUCUGGAAAUGAGCAACAAGAGCGUCAGAAGCGUCAGCAAGAACUCGAAUUUUCCAAGCGGCGCAUGGAAAUCGCAGCAGUGACGAAGAUGGAAAGUCGAUACGACGUCGAGACUACGAGCCGGACGAUUGUUGUCCGGCGAUGAAUCCUCGCCGCAAUCUUUUGCAGGUCGUUUGGUCUCGCUGUGUGCGCUUGUAGGUGUGACGUGGCGGCUGGAACGGAGGAAGACUUGCGUCUAAAACUUUGCAAGUCGCGCGUUGCAUGCUGCACCGAAAUUUGAACGGGCAGCUACAGGGCGUAGGUAACCUGGCAAUGGUGUGGACAAGAUCACUUCGAGUUUGUCAAGAGCGCAAACAAUCGGACGUUGAGUCACCGCCGUUGAAUUGUGCCUUCACACGGAAAGGACCACAGGACAAUUGAAGCGCAUGUUGGUCACACAGUACUGUACGCGUUUGCAGAUGCAAUAGGCUCGUGUGCGUCAGCCACAUACUAACCGUACACAAAAUUCAGGCGGCAGCUCUUGUCAAUAGGGAGGUGGCCACGGGUGAAUGAAAAAAUCUGCAAGGAUUUUUCAUCAGUGAGUCCAAAUUGACAAAAGUUAUGGUGCAUGUUGCACCAUGCAACAUGGAUUAACUUGUACUUUGUGCAACCAAAGCGCCACGCGGCACCAAGUUGCUGUUGUAUCCACAUCCGAGCUGUACGGAGCUCACGUGACGAGGCCAUCCAAUUUAUCCCGGGGUGCACUCUUCCGUCACGGCGGAACCCAAGCUUUCCCGGGCGGCUUGCUCUGCUUGGGACGAAGGACGCACCUCAAGAAAAGCAAGCGAGAUUCGGUGCUGCGUCCACACGAGCACUUCUUUUGGUCCGCUCUGGCUCGCCCGCAGCGAUUCACAGCGAAGCGCCCAUUUCGCUGGGCAGGCACGAACGCUGCCUAUCGAACUCGCAGUGCGGAUGGCUGCUGUGCGAGUGGCAGGACAGUCCACGUCACUUCUGCGGGAACUCUUCAACUUGGGCAUUGCCCAAUGGACAACGAUUUCGUUCGAACCGGGGAAAAUAAGAGCGCUCUUCGGCAUUGCAGGCCAGCGAUAGCCGUCGGUGUUGCCUGCAUAGAAGCACUACACCUGGAUACGUUGCCCUUAGGCAUAGCACACUCCGAUCAAAGACCUCGAUCUCGGGUUCCGGAUUCCUGGCAGAAUUUCCGACUUGCUACGAAGAGAACGGUGGCCUGAGCUUUCGAAGGUAGGACGCGUUUACUGCUUGUUCCAUCCGUCUGGCAGUCACGACGCCAACGCGGCGCAGCUGUGGGGAAAUCGCAGUCGCUGUGGAGCUCGUCAUCGCAGCUAGCAAAUGGCAGCUUCAAAUUGAGCCUCUCCACGCAGCCAUUUGACUUGGUUUUUGUAUAUUUCCAUCGCUUUUCAAGCUGUUUUCCACAUCGCGCAAGUGAGUGCGCGCGGGAAGGCACGUGCGCUGGGCAAUGGACUUGUACUCACAAAACAAGUUGUAAUAUUCACUCUUGAGUCUAAAUUUCGAGUAUGAUACCUGCCAGCAUGAACGCCGCCACUAAGGAAACAUGCAUCGACCUGCUAUUUGCAGUGCACAUGUACACCGCGUGGUGGGUGACAAUUUACGCCAC